GAUGUCCGACGUUCCGUCGUUCUCUCGACGAUCGGACGAUUGCGUCAAUGCCGAGGUAGAGCAUAUAACGCGUAACCAGAGUGUGUGUCCCCUCUCCAAAGGGUGUCCUGUAUUUUCGAACGUGCCUGUCGCCCCUUCUACUACGCUGCACACCUUUCGUGCCUCUGCGUUGCGUUGCUUCUAAAGUCGCAGAAGUAAUUCAACGCCACAAUUGAGGACGAUCCUGCAGACGACACAAUGACGGGAUGAGAUGUAGAUCUUUCGGAGCUGCGUGACAACAUUGUGUCAUUUUGGAGCAGACAACCGCGAGGCUAGUUACGUAUCGAUCUCUGAUCAUAGGCGAUGCGUCCUCGUGUUGUUAGUAAACCGUGGACUUCAACACGUCGGUAAAGAUCACCCGUCGAACAAGAGAGAUGGAGAUCCUCGGCGAUUACGAAUACAAUCCUAAGGACCUGAUCGGCACUGGUGCCUUUGCCGUGGUCUUUAGAGGCAGGCAUCGCAAAAAACCAAAUCUGGUAGUAGCUAUCAAGAGCAUCACAAAGAAGACUUUGGCUAAGUCACAAGACUUACUGAAAAAGGAGAUCAAAAUUUUAAAAGCAUUAACUAAACUACAUCAUGAAAACGUUGUUGCAUUGUACGAUUGUAAGGAAUCUAAUCAUAAUGUCUUCCUGGUUAUGGAGUAUUGUAAUGGUGGAGAUUUGGGAGAUUAUUUAAAUGCAAAAGGUACCCUUUCCGAGGAUACCAUCCGAUUGUUUCUCAAGCAGUUGGUUCGUGCAAUGAAAGUACUGCACGCCAAAGGGAUCGUCCACAGAGAUCUGAAGCCACAAAAUAUCCUAUUGAAUCACAACUGUGGCAAAGCCUGUCCACAGCCACAUGAAAUAACAUUAAAGAUAGCGGAUUUUGGUUUUGCUAGGUUUCUGCAGGAAGGCGUGAUGGCUGCGACUUUGUGUGGAUCGCCAAUGUACAUGGCGCCCGAAGUUAUUAUGUCUCUUCAAUAUGACGCUAAGGCGGAUCUGUGGUCCGUUGGGACUAUAUUAUACCAGUGUCUUACCGGAAAGGCACCACAUCCCGCAAAUAAUCCUCAUGCACUCAAGUCGAUCUACGAAAACACUGUGAAUCUUGUUCCUAGUAUACCACCUGGAACAUCAACUGAACUGACAAAUCUCUUGAUGGGCUUGCUGAGACGCGAAGCGACUGACCGUAUGGAUUUCGAUCAAUUCUUUGGUCACCCUUUCCUCACGGGUGUUCGAGAGAGUCUAAGUCCAAGCCCCGUGCCUACCGAUCUACCGGCGUCACCAGGAACAAUGGCAAUUCCGAUUGAGGAAGGAACGCCGAUUGUCAAUAGAUUGGAGCCCGAGACGACAGAGACUCCUUGUUCUAGUCCUGAUGAUGAUUUCGUUCUUGUGCCGAGCGACAUCAGCAGCGAUACUGACAAUAAUCCGCCAGUCAAGUAUACCAAACAAGUGAGUAGAGAAGCUGUUAGUCCACCUCGACCGUGCUUAUCGAAAUUGGGCGAAUAUACUAGACAGACAAGUAGAGAAGCCAUCAGUCCACCCAGACCAUGCUAUCUACCGAUUUCUGAGCCGAUUCCCGUUCCAUGUCAACGAAACGCAGUGACUCAACAACCACCACAAUCUCCCUCGACGAAUGCUGCCCGUUCUGGCGGUAGCAGUGUCGUGCCUCGUUCACAACCGAUUAGCAUGAAACGUAGCGUGGAUUCUCACAGAAAUCAUCCACCAAGCAUUGGUUCUCUCAGUCCACCUAGUGUGCAGUUUGUCAUCGGCACUCCGCCCGGCAGAAGGUUGAGCGAGACUCCACCACCACCCAAUACAUGGCAAGUCAGCCCUGUAGCAAGACACUCACACACGCCGAGUGGAACUUCACCGUUACGACGUUCCACGGGUAAUAACAGCGCAUCCUCGCCGUUGCUCACAGGUCCGCUAGCAGUACUCGGCUCGCCUACUUCCCGAGCUUUUCAAGAUAACAACAAUACUCUUAGACAUUCGCCUGUCAUACCCUUCGGCACAAGGGCCGUCACUCUUCCGGAAAUAUCUGAAGCCGGUAGUUUCCAAAAUCUGUUUCCCGAUAUACCUCCGACGACAAUCGAAGAUCGUCCAUUAACGUUCAUUGCGCCGGAGUUACCGGAAGAGACACUUAUGGAGCGUGAGCACAACGAGAUCCUGGCCAAGUUGAAUUUUGUCGUGGCGUUGUGCGAAUGCGUAUGCGAAGUCGCCAGAUCCAGGGCUGGCCCGCUCGGAAACAUCGAACAACCGGCACCUCUCGGCAGCAUCGAACAGGCUGGCAAUGCGGCCACUAGAAAACGUGCCGAGCAGGUCAUCCUUCUGGUACGAGCUCUUCAAUGGCUUAGCUCCGGUCUGAAUUUGGCCACUCAGGAACUUAAAGCAGGAAGGCUGCAACCAACAGCCACUGUGAAGGAUGUUGUCAGUACUAUGAACGAGAAAUUCAAAUCGUGUUUGACGGAAUGCAAGCAGUUGAAUAGCGUAGGGCUUCUUCGUCAAACAGGAGCCACGGCGGACAAGAUACUGUACAAUCAUGCGAUUCACAUGUGUCAAUCAGCGGCAUUGGAUGAGCUAUUCGGAAAAGGCGGUGAAUGUUUUCAACGAUAUCACACGGCGCAAAUAUUAUUACAUUCGUUAGCGCAACAUGUCAGCCAUAGUCAGGAUCGAGCUCUACUUAUCAAAUAUAAAGAGGCAGUGGAGAAGCGACUGUACGUGCUACAACAACAAGGCUACAUCUACGCAACCGAACCCACGUAGCGCUUGUGAAACAUGGCAGCUGAAUACGGCGGCAAUAGCCGCCUAGAAGAGAUCGAGCAGCCGCCCGUGUCAUCGUACUCGAUAUCGCUCUUCUGUAAUAUAUUCUGCCCUAUUCUGUACAAAAGACGAGAUUGAUGCCAAGAUCACAGCUUUAAAGGCGGGAAUUCUCCAAAUUCAUGGCUGACAUUACUUUACUGAGACUAAUUAAUUCAAAAGAAGACUCCGUAGCUCCACACAGAAUAGGGUAGACAGUGAAGAAAAUGAAAGUCUCCUGUCCACACCAUCUGUUUCCCAUCCAUCCUUUCCCAGGUUACUUUAUAUGAUUUAUUAAAGCUUAUAUAUAGUACAUUUAAGAUAUUACACUGUAUAAUGUACGUACACGUGGUCGGUUAGCUGAUCUUUAUUUCGUAUAUCGAUCAAUAAACAUGUGUAUACUAACGGCGUUGUGCGUUCAAUGCAAAGGCAUGUCUCGUCGAACCCGACGAUUGAAGUGGUCCAUAACGAUAAUGAUGUACGAAA